AUGCACUCGCGGAGACGGGCGGGCGCCGGGAGGACGCGGACGCUGAGGGGACAGCGGGCGCACGGCGGCCGCGCCAUCGUCUCCGGGCUGGUCAGGCCCCUGGACCCCACCCCGACGCCGGGCGGCGGCGGGCGAGGGGAGCUGUCGGCACGGCACGGACGCAACACGGACCGAGCGGGAUGCGGCCCCGCCGACUGGGGGAGGCGGGCGCCGCGCCUGGAUCGGGUCGCUACAGAGGGCGACGGAACACCGGACGAACGCGGGGGGAAGAGGAGGCGUCCGCUCCGCCUGAACACCGGGGUCGGCCGGCCCGCGGAGGGCCCUCCCCGACGCGACCGUCGUUGCCCGUGGGCCCCGGACGUGGCGUUUCACCGAACGCGGGGUCCGCCCCACCGCGGGGAAGUCCCCACCCUCACUCCCGCGAGUCUCUGGAAAACGCUGCCGCGGCCACGGGAGCACAGGGGCCGCUCGAGGGUUCUCGGGUCCCGGAGCCGGGGUCGCAGCCCGCCGCCAGCCGCUCGCCCACCUCGCUUGCUCCUCUCCCGGCAGAGACCCGAAGGCCGGCGGGAUCGGACGAGGCUGCUCACCGCUUCUCUUAGGGAACCCGAAGCGUACGACGCAGCGCGCCUGCCCUGCCGCAGUGGGUCCACACUGACCGGGGAGCGCGGUUGGGUCGUCUUCUGCGGUUCUCCAGAGGGUCCUGAAAACCCUGUCGCCAAUAAUCUGCAGGCGCCUGCCGUCCCGACCCGGCAUCACGGGCCGGUGGCUGAGCCGCCGGCGCCGCCGCUCCGACAAGACGGCGCCGCCUCGGAAGCCCCUCCUUGGGGCUGCUGCGAAUUCACUCCGAUAGGUGGCGUCCGCGGCUCCCCUGCCGUGCCGGUCUACCCGUAG